CAAAGAUCACAGACAAGAAAAAGCAAAACACUGUUUUUGCUGUAACAUGCAAUAUUUUGUGCGAAUUUGCAGUACAAACAUGAUUUAAGUUGUUGUCACUUUUAAAAACAACUCGUAACAGUUUUGUCGUAGGUGUGUGGAGUGGUGGAGGUUUAGUUCACCAAGGAGACAGAAAGUAUGGCACUGAAGGGAGUGAAAGUCAUUGAGAUGGCCGGUCUGGCGCCAGCUCCAUUCUGCGGAAUGAUUCUGGCAGACUUCGGUGCUAGAGUUAUCCGUGUGGAUAGGACUAAAUAUGCUGAUAUGGACCGGCUUGCGAGAGGAAAACAAUCGAUUGCAGUUGACUUGAAGAAGAAGGAAGGGGUCACGGUCAUACAGAGAUUGUGUAGAGGCGCUGAUGUGCUCAUAGAGCCGUUCAGACAUGGUGUGAUGGAGAAGCUUGGUCUGGGGCCGGACGUGAUGCUGACCGACAACCCGAGACUGGUGUACGCCAGACUGACCGGUUUCGGACAAAGCGGUCCACUGGCUAGAAAGGCAGGACAUGACAUCAACUACCUGGCCAUUUCAGGUGUCUUGUCGAGGUUUGGCCGACACAAUGAGAAUCCAAGUUUCCCUCUAAAUCUGCUGGCAGACUUUGCUGGCGGGGGACUGAUGUGUGCCCUAGGGAUCACUAUGGCCCUGUUUGAAAGAACUAGGUCAGGAAAAGGGCAGGUUGUGGAUGCCAACAUGGUAGAGGGAGCAGCUUACAUAGGUAGUUUCAUCUGGAGAACGCGAGACUUGCCGUUUCUGUCUGGGAACCCUCGAGGACAGAACAUGCUGGAUCAUGGCAGCGCGUUCUACGAGGUUUACAAAACAGCCGAUGAUAAAUACAUGUCUGUUGGGGCCCUGGAACCACAGUUUUUCAACGACUUGCUUAAAGGUUUGGGGCUGGAUCCUGAGAAAGUGAGUCAAACUGACGACCCUGAGGAGUUGAAAACUGUUUUCCGAGAGAAAUUUCUCUCCAAGACGAGAGACGAAUGGACAAACAUAUUUGUUGACGGACACUUGGACGCUUGUGUUUUCCCGGUGUUAGAGACCGACGAAGCUCCGUGUUACCCACACAAUAAGGAGAACCAAUCAUUUCUGCACACGUCCAGUGGCGACCCCGAGCCUGGCCCUGCUCCAAACCUUUCCCGAACACCUGGUGUCGACCGUGUGAAACCACAGCCAAGAACUGGUCACGAUACGGAGAGUGUUCUGUUGGAAGCUGGAUUCAGUAAAAGUGAAAUUGAACAUCUCAUAGAAGCUAAUGUCAUUGAACAAAAUGUGCAAUCAAAACUUUAAAGCUAAA